UGAACUUCUACUCAGUAAAGGAGCUAAUUAUGAAAUGAAAAAUCAUUUGCUUAAUACACCCCUUCAUUUUGCCGCUUUCAGGGGUCACAAGAAUGUUGCCGAAUUUCUCAUUGGUAAAGGAGCCAAUGUUAAUAGUGAAAAUAAUGUGAAAGACACACCUCUUCAUUUAGCUGCUGAGAAUGGUCAUAGGAGUAUCGCUAAACUUCUCAUUAGUAAAGGAGCAAAUGUUAAUGUUAAAAAUAAUUCGAAUCGGACUCCUCUUCAAGUGGCUAUUAACAAUGGUCAAAAUGAGGUCGCCAAUCUUUUUAUCGGUAAAGGAAACAAAAUUAAUAUUGAAGAGCAAUUGUAAUAGAUUCAAUUGGAUACAAAC